AUGGAACAGGUUAUCAUUGACACUGCCAAACAUGCCGAAGACAUAACCAAAUGUGUCAAGCAUAGUGCGGAGAAUCUAGACCGGAUGAUUCAUUUUGCACCUCCGCUAAAAAGCACCAUUCAGAACGUGACAAAAACAACAAUACGCGUGAAGACGUGGAACAUAGAUCAAACGACACGUUUAGUGCAGGCAGUGAGGAUGGUACAGAGGAUCUUCCGCCUGAAGAAGACCAUAAUUCUGAGAGUGAAGGAGGCUUGUAAAUAG